GCAGUGGGUCUCCCCCGUGAAGCAAAGUGGCAAUUCACUCUCUGGAGUGAGCCCCGCCCCGGCCACCACGUGAGCGGUCGCUCCUCCUUGCCGGCCGCAAGGCGGUGGCGGGGAGGGGUGAAUCACCUUGACUCCCACCCCCGCGCGAAGGGGCCGAUGUCCAAACUCGAGGGGUCCUUCCACUUCCUGCCCCUCGGUGCAACUUUGGCCGUUCCGCCGCCGUCGAAGCGCAGACGACAAGUGAAGCAAUUUGGCCGUCGGUCGCGAUGUUCUCCUUCCUUCGAGCAGAGGGGGCCGUCUGCGGGAAGAAGCUGGUGAUCCAGACCGGGCGCACGCAGCGGGGGGCCUUCCUCGGCGGACAUGACCCCGGAGCCGCCUCGGCGACGCAUUUUGAGGAGAGCGCCCCCGCGCGUCAAGAGGACGCCGAGAGGGGCUUCAGUUUGCGCAAGCUGUGGGCCUUCACCGGGCCGGGCUUCCUCAUGAGCAUCGCCUAUCUGGACCCGGGAAACAUCGAGUCGGACCUGCAGUCUGGAGCCAAGGCCGGCUUUAAGCUUCUGUGGGUGCUGCUGGGGGCCACGGUCAUCGGGCUCCUGCUGCAGAGGAUGUCGGCCCGGCUGGGCGCGGUCACCGGGAUGCACUUGGCCCAGGUGUGCCACCGCCACUACCGCACGGUGCCCCGCGUCCUCCUGUGGCUGAUGGUGGAGCUGGCCAUCAUGGGCUCCGACAUGCAGGAGGUGAUCGGCUGCGCCAUCGCCUUCCACCUCCUCUCGUCGGGCAGGAUUCCCUUGUGGGGCGGCGUCCUCAUCACCGUGGCGGACACCUUUGCCUUCCUCUUCUUGGACAAGUACGGCCUCAGGAGGUUGGAAGCCUUUUUCGCUCUGCUCAUCGCCGUCAUGGCCGUCGCCUUCGGAUACCAGUACGUGACGGUGAGACCGGACCAAAGCCAGCUGCUGAGGGGGAUGUUGGUGCCGUCUUGCCGAGGCUGCGGCGCCGUCCAGCUGGCUCAGGCGGUGGGCGUCGUGGGCGCCGUCAUCAUGCCCCACAACGUUUACCUGCACUCCGCUCUGGUCAAGGUGGCGCCGAGGCGGACGCCCCCCCCCCCCCUCUUUGCGCCGGAGCCGCUAAGCGUUGCCGACUGUCCUCCUCAGAGUCGGGAGGUGGAUCGCUCCAGCAAGAAGAGCAUCAGCGAGGCCAACAAGUAUUUCUUCCUGGAGUCCUGCGUGGCCUUGUCGCUGUCCUUCGUCAUCAACGUGUUUGUGGUGGCCGUCUUCGCCGAGGCCUUUUAUGAGCGCACCAACGCGCAAGUGAACGCUGUCUGCAACCGCACGGGGAGCCCCCACUCGCACCUCUUUCCUCUGGACAACAGCACUCUGCAAGUGGACAUCUACAAGGGGGGAGCGGUGCUGGGCUGUUUCUUCGGGCCGGCGGCCCUCUACGUCUGGGCCGUGGGCAUCCUGGCGGCCGGUCAGAGCUCCACCAUGACGGGAACCUACUCGGGCCAGUUUGUCAUGGAGGGCUUUUUGAACUUGCGCUGGUCUCGCUUCGCUCGGGUGUCGCUGACCCGCUCCCUGGCCAUCGUGCCCACGCUGCUGGUCGCCGUCUUUCAGGACGUGCGCCAUCUGACGGGCAUGAACGACUUCCUCAACGUGCUGCAGAGCAUGCAGCUUCCGUUCGCCCUCAUCCCCGUCCUCACCUUCACCAGUUUGCCGUCUCUCAUGAAGGACUUUGCCAACGGCUUCUUUUGGAAGAUGUGGGGCGGCCUGGUCAUCUUGGCGGUGUGCGCCAUCAACGUCUACUUUGUGGCGCUUUACGUGGCCAUGCUGAGUAGCGCCUGGCUCUACAUGCUGACCGCCUUGCUGGCCGCCGCGUACCUGGCCUUUGUGGGAUACUUGACGUGGCUGUGCCUGGUGGCUCUGGGGGCGCCCCGCCCGGAUCCGAGCGGCCUCGGAGGUAACGACGUCGGUGUCCUGACUGAGCCGCAGCCGGAGUUUGGUUCCUGACGGCCGCGACGGCCUUUGAACGGGUCCAGGGUCGCCCGCGCAGGAAGUAGUGACUCGACUCCGACCUGCCCACGCCGCCCCCACGGAU